CCCAAGCUGCCCAGCCCCCCAGCCCACCAGCCCAGCCCAGUCCCGGGAACCAGACGGCCUGGGGUUCGGUCCCGGGGGGAGGGGAGUUUCGGGGGUACCGGGCGGGGGAGUCGCGAGCCAGAGGGGAGGGGGCCGCGGGUUUCAUGUACCCAGCAUGAGCUCCUACUUCGUCAACCCCCUGUUCUCCAAAUACAAAGGCGGCGAGUCCCUGGAACCGGCCUAUUACGACUGCCGGUUCCCUCAGAGCGUGGGCAGGAGCCAUGCGCUGGUGUACGGGCCCGGCGGCUCGGCGCCCGGCUUCCAGCACGCUUCGCACCACGUCCAAGACUUCUUCCACCACGGCACCUCCGGCAUCUCCAACUCAGGCUACCAGCAGAACCCAUGCUCGCUUAGCUGCCACGGAGACGCCUCCAAAUUCUAUGGCUACGAGGCGCUCCCCAGACAGUCCCUUUAUGGGGCUCAGCAAGAGGCGAGCGUGGUGCAAUAUCCCGACUGUAAAUCCUCCGCCAACACUAACAGUAGCGAAGGACAAGGCCACUUAAAUCAAAACUCGUCUCCCAGCCUCAUGUUUCCAUGGAUGAGACCCCACGCUCCGGGGCGUCGCAGCGGACGGCAAACUUACAGCCGGUAUCAGACCUUGGAACUAGAAAAGGAGUUUCUCUUUAAUCCUUAUUUGACACGAAAGCGCCGGAUUGAAGUCUCUCAUGCCCUGGGACUGACCGAGAGACAAGUGAAGAUCUGGUUCCAGAACCGAAGGAUGAAGUGGAAAAAGGAGAACAACAAGGAUAAACUGCCGGGAGCCCGAGAUGAGGAGAAGGUGGAGGAAGAAGGAAAUGAGGAAGAGGAGAAAGAAGAGGAGGAAAAGGAAGAAAACAAGGACUAAGCAAAAAAGAGAGAUUCCCCCCCUUUUAGCAACUCCCUUGAAGUUUCGUUUUAUGGUAGCAGAUAAAUUGAGAAGUUUACGACUGUCAUUUGCUUUUAUAGAGAAUAGAAUGACACUCACAACUCUAACUACCUGUCAGAUACUUGCAGCUCUGGUUUUAUUACCUUUGGACUUCCCCCACUCUUUAUUUGUUUGGGGGCUGGAGGGGGGAGGUCGAGACGUAGCAAAAAUUUGGACUCUGUCUCACUACUUGCCCCAACACACACACUUGUCCCUACCCCCACCUUUCUGAGUCCUUCCUGGAUUUUAAGGUCUGAGACCUGGCCUUCUUGCUCCCACCCUCUGCCCCUUGCCACACUCCCACCUCCCUGCAACUCUGAGUAUUUAUUUUAGAGGGGAGCCCCCUCAAAAUGUGGAAAAGGACUUGUAGCUUUGUUUUUAAGCUAGUUAAUGUACUAGAUUUACUUUUUUAAAAAGGAAAGGAAAGAAAAAAAGAAAAGAAGGAAGGGAAAGAAAAAAAUGUAAAGAAAUAUGGAAAAGAUAGCAAGAAAUAUCCCCUCACACUCCCUGGGGCUCUCGGCUUAGAAACCCCCCCAUGACUUUCUCUAGGAACCUGAAGGAAACCUGAAGGACAUGUGGGUCUCUUCCCUCCCCUCUUUCCAUAGGGGUAGAUGGAAGCCUGCAGUCCCCUCUAAAAUCCUACCUAGCCAUCCCAUGGUCACUCGGGCCCAUGCCUUCCUCUCCUUUGUGGUUUGAUUUCUCUUCUGUUGGGCCCAGCUUCCUCUGAGCUGCAUUAUUAGUAGUGCUCAGAAAUCAUCAUAAUCAUGAAAAUAAUAAUAAUGAUACUGAUAAUAAAUCUUUAACAUACUACCUAAAGGGAACCUGCAAUAAUCUUGAAAAAAAGAAAUUUUUAAAAAUCCUACUAUAGGAGAAAAAAAGAGAAAAAAAUAAAAAU